AUGGCUUCUUGGAAUGAAGAUACUUUGAAGGAUUGGAAUGAUGAUUCACCAUUGAAUGAAGAUACUUUGAAGGAUUGGAAUGAUGAUUCACAGUGCAAUGAAGAUGACCGUUCAAGACAGAUUAAUGAGGAAUUAACACAAUAUGAAGCAGUAGGUGCAUUGGUUGGUCAUUACUGUGAAAUGUAUAUGUUUAAACAACCCUGCAGAACUAGUGAGCAGACAGGAAAUUUAUGGGUGCAAGGUAUUAUGAAUGGCCAUGAUGAUCGAUGUCCUGAAAUGUUUAGAGUGGAUAAAUAUGUUUUCCACCUCUUAUGUACCGAAUUGGAGGAACACGGUUUACGAAAGUCUAAAUACGUAGGAAUCGAAGAAAUGGUCGCGAUGUUUUUAAACACGAUUGCACAUGGACAAUGCAACAGGAUGAUUCAGGAACGGUUUCAACGUUCAGGGGAAACUGUAAGUAGGCACUUUCAUAAUGUACUGCAAGCUUGCCUUAGCCUAUCGAGUGAACUUAUUCGACCCAUAGAUCCUACAUUUCGUGGAACUCAUAGAAAAAUUGAGACCGAUCCACGUUAUUAUCCAUUUUUCAAGGACGCAAUCGGAGCAAUUGAUGGCACUCAUAUUCAGUGUGUUGUCCCUGCUGCAGAAAGAGACAAAUUUAUUGGCAGAAAGGGAAAUCCAUCACAAAAUGUCAUGGCUGUAUGUGAUUGGGAUAUGUGUUUCACUUUUGUCUUGGCGGGAUGGGAGGGAUCUGCACAUGAUGCUCGUAUAUUUGACAGUGCUAUUACAAAUUCAUCUCUUAAUUUCCCUCAUCCACCUCCAGGGAAAUAUUACUUGGUUGAUGCGGGAUAUCCAACACCAAAUGGAUAUCUAGGUCCAUACAGAUCUGAGCGCUACCACCUUCCUGACUUCCGACGACAAGUAGGAUUUUGA